UCCAGCGGGUGUCAGCGGGGAGUCAUGAAGAGGAGUGGCACACCAGUGUGGGACAGAAGGAGCUACAGGCCCCCUCCCACAUUAAAGAGGAGCAGCUUCAUGAUGAAGAUGAAGCUCAGUCCUUACAGCUUCAUCACAGUCAAAGUGAGGAGAACAGAGGGGCGGAGCUUGUAAGUCAACACAUCACAGAAGCUGAUGGAGAGCAUUGUGAAGAUAUCAAGUCAGAACCAGACAGCAUCUUUGCUCCACUGUCAGACAUGGACCACAUGAUGUCACACUCUUCUGAUCACAGUGACCACAUCCAAAAACCUUUGGAGAGUAAAAAUGACUCUAAAGGUGAUACGAGACAUCACACUAACAACAAACACUUUGACUGCUCUGAAUGUGGGAAAUCAUUUAGACUGAAGAGUGAUUGUACAAGACACAUGAGAACACAUACUGGAGAGAAACCUUUUAUUUGCUUCGUUUGUAAGAAGAAUUUCUCCAGAAAGGAACACAUGACCACACACAUGAGAACACACACUGGAGAGAAACAUUUUACUUGCUCUGUUUGCAAGAAGAGUUUCUCCAGAAAGGGCGUCAUGACCAGACACAUGAGGAGGACACACACUGGAGAGAAACCUUUUGCCUGCUCAGCUUGUGCUAAAAGAUUCAACACUAAGUAUGCAAUGACCACACACAUGAGAACACACACAGGUGAGAAACCUUUUACUUGCUCUGUUUGUAAGAAGAGUUUCUCCAGAAAGGGUAUCAUGAUCAGACACAUGAGAACACACACUGGAGAGAAACCUUUUGCUUGCUCAGCUUGUGCUAAAAGAUUCAACAGUAAGAAAUACAUGAUAUUACACAUGAGAACACACACAGGUGAGAAACCUUUUACUUGCUCUGUUUGUAAGAAGAGUUUCUCCAUCAAGCAAGUCAUGACCACACACAUGAAAACACACACUGGAGAGAAACCUUUUGCUUGCUCAGCUUGUGCUAAAAGAUUCUACACUAAGAAAGAAAUGAUAUUACACAUGAGAACACACACAGGUGAGAAACCUUUUUCUUGCUCUGUUUGUAAGAAGAGUUUCUCCAGAAAGGAACGCAUGACCACACACAUGAGAACACACACUGGAGAGAAACCUUUUACUUGCUCUGUUUGUAAGAAGAGUUUCUACAGCAAGCAAAUCAUGACCAGACACAUAAGAACACACAAUGGAAAGAGACAGGGGCUGUCUUCGAAACGUACCAAGAAGAAUGCUCAAAGCGGACAGUUUCAGGAUCUGCCCGACUUCCAGAGGAACUCUUUUUGA